UUGAAAAAACACGCACGCAGUCACUCUCAGGCUGUGAGAGGAGAGAGGGAGAGAGUCAGGGCGAGAAUCAAGUUCUUCUUUGAAUAAAGAAAUCCCACCCCACUUAUUGUCGGAUAUUAUAUAGAGAAAAAAAAAUCACAAAUAAACUUUGUACAAACUGGAAGUAAAAGAAAGGCCCUCUAAUGCCAUCGUCAUUUGUCACGAAAGAGAGAGAGAGAGAGAGAGAGAGGGAGGGAAAGAAUCUUUCUUCUUUUUUCUCAACCAUCAACUCGGACGCACACUCUGUCUACCUUCGAGGAACUUGAUUGUGAGGAAUUAACGAAGUUGUCGUUGUCCUCCCACUGGACUAAAAGUGCUUUGCCAUCAUCACCAUGGUUUCGAGGUCUUAUUCUAACUUAUUGGAUCUUGUGUCUGGUGGAUCUCCAACUUUUGGUCGUGAGAGGAAGAGGCUCCCUCGGGUGGCAACCGUCGCGGGAGUGCUGUCUGAGCUAGAUGAUGAAAACAGCAAUAGUGCUGGUUCUGAUGCUCCCUCAUCUAUCUCUCAGGAUCGGAUGAUCAUUGUGGGAAACCAGCUUCCACUUAGGGCACAUCGAAGUGACGAUGGACAGUGGAACUUUAGCUGGGAUGAUGAUUCUCUUCUUUUGCAACUUAAAGAUGGCCUUGGAGAAGAUAUAGACGUAAUCUAUAUUGGCUGUCUUAAAGAAGAGAUUGACCUGAGUGAGCAAGAUGAUGUAGCUCAAACUUUGCUCGAGACAUACAAGUGUGUACCAGCAUUCAUCCCUCCCGAUCUUUUUAGUAAAUUCUAUCAUGGAUUCUGUAAGCAACAUUUGUGGCCUUUAUUUCACUACAUGCUUCCUCUAUCGCCAGAUCUUGGUGGUAGGUUUGAUCGGUCCCUUUGGCAAGCUUAUGUAUCUGUGAACAAGAUAUUUGCAGAUAAAGUAAUGGAAGUGAUCAGUCCUGAUGAUGACUUUGUGUGGGUUCAUGAUUACCAUUUGAUGGUUUUGCCAACAUUUUUGAGGAAGAGGUUCAAUAGGGUAAAGCUUGGAUUCUUCCUCCAUAGCCCAUUCCCUUCAUCUGAGAUCUACAGGACACUUCCUGUAAGAGAUGAACUUCUGAGAGCUCUUUUAAACUCUGACCUCAUUGGAUUCCAUACUUUUGAUUAUGCUAGGCACUUCCUCUCUUGUUGUGGUAGAAUGCUUGGGCUUUCUUAUCAAUCUAAGCGUGGUUACAUAGGGCUUGAAUAUUAUGGUCGUACAGUAAGCAUUAAAAUUCUUCCUGUUGGGAUUCAUAUAGGCCAGCUCCAAUCUGUUUUGGAUCUUCCUGAGACUGAAUCUAAGGUUGCAGAGUUACGAGAUCAGUUUAGGGGUCGUACGGUUUUGCUUGGGGUUGAUGACAUGGACAUUUUUAAAGGAAUCAGUUUGAAACUUUUGGCCAUGGAACAACUGCUCACACAACAUCCUGAUAAGAGGGGUAAAGUUGUAUUGGUUCAGAUUGCAAAUCCUGCAAGGGGCAGAGGUAAGGAUGUGCAGGAGGUCCAAUGUGAAACUACUGCUACAGUGAGCAGGAUUAAUGAGACAUUUGGAAGGCAAGGAUAUAAGCCAGUGGUCUUGAUUGAUACUCCACUGCAGUUUUAUGAAAGAAUUGCUUAUUACGUAAUUGCAGAGUGUUGUCUUGUUACAGCAGUGAGGGAUGGGAUGAAUCUUAUUCCCUAUGAAUAUAUUAUUUGCCGGCAAGGAAACGAGAAAUUAGAUGUGACCUUAGGGCUAAACACAUUGACCCCAAAAAAGAGCAUGCUGGUGGUAUCUGAAUUUGUCGGAUGCUCCCCAUCACUAAGUGGUGCAAUUCGAGUUAAUCCAUGGAACAUUGAUUCUGUAGCCGAAGCUAUGGAGUCAGCCCUAAUAGUCUCUGAGGCAGAAAGACAGUUGAGGCAUGAGAAGCACUAUAGGUAUGUCAGUACACAUGAUGUUGCGUACUGGGCACGCAGCUUUUUACAAGAUCUUGAAAGGGCAUGUAGGGAUCAUGUGAGGAGGAGGUGCUGGGGAAUUGGUUUUGGUUUAGGGUUUCGAGUAAUUGCUUUGGAUCCAAAUUUCAGAAAGCUCUCAGUUGAUCAUAUCGUUUCAGCUUAUAAGAGGACUAAGAGCCGAGCAAUUCUUUUAGAUUAUGAUGGUGCUAUGAUGCUGCCGGGUUCAAUUUGUAUCUCUGCCAAUACUGAAGUUGUUGGAACCUUAAAGAGCUUGUGUAGAGACCCCAAAAAUGUUGUCUUCAUUGUUAGCGGGAAGGACAGAAAGACCCUAAUGGAAUGGUUUUCUUCUUGUGAAAAGCUUGGGAUUGCAGCUGAGCAUGGUUAUUUUUUGAGGCCAAACCAUGAGGUGGAUUGGGAAACUUGUGUUUCAGUGCCAGAUUUUGACUGGAAACAGAUUGCUGAGCCAGUAAUGCAAUUAUACACUGAAACUACUGAUGGUUCUACCAUAGAGACCAAAGAGAGUGCUCUUGUUUGGAAUUACCAGUUUGCAGAUCCAGAUUUUGGCUCAUGCCAGGCUAAGGAGCUUCUUGAUCAUCUGGAAAGUGUUCUUGCUAAUGAUCCAGUUUCAGUCAAGAGUGGCCAACAUAUAGUUGAGGUUAAACCUCAGGGUGUAAAUAAAGGCAUUAUAGCAGAAUAUCUCCUCUCAACAAUGAGACAGAGGGGAAUGCUUCCGGAUUUUGUUCUCUGUAUUGGGGAUGACAGGUCAGAUGAGGACAUGUUUGAGGUGAUAAUGAGUGCAAGGGCAUCUCUCUCCCCAGUUGCCGAAGUAUUUGCUUGCACUGUUGGCCAGAAACCCAGCAAGGCCAAGUACUACCUGGAAGACACAACUGAGAUUUUGAGAAUGUUACAGGGCCUAGCCAAUGCUUCAGAGCAGGCUGCCAGAAUUGCUCCCCAAGUUUCUCAGCGCGUGGUUAUGUCAGAUAGUAAAUAGUCUUCUCUAUAGGACCAUAUCACACUCGCUAUGGGAUUCUCUUGUGCUAAAUUUCUCAACUGGCAUGAUUUUUCUGGUUGAAUAUUGAGGUGCAGGUCUUACUUCUCUACCAGAUUGCAAAAUUGCAAGGAGUUCUUACUCCGUAGUUAACUGGUAACCUAUGAUUUGUUGGUGAUGUCUAGAUACUGUGAUUUUUAUA